UCUCAUCUUGGCAGCGCUGCAAGAUAUGUGUAAUGACUGACAGACGAAGAAUCAAUGGUCCGCCUAGCGGCACACGGCCGCCGGUCUUUGCUGCCGGCGCUGACAGGCCUGCAGUCAGACCGGUGCGCCAGAGGCAGCCGACUGAGCUCCGGAAAUUAUUUUUAAAAACCGGCUUGAUCCCCUCGGCAUCUGGGUCAGCGUAUCUGGAAUUCGAGCCCUCAGCAUCCCUGGCGGCUGCCCGCGCAACGCCCACCUCACUGAUCCCACCGUCGUCCGCAUUGAAGCUGACGUGCACCGUACACGGACCGAAACCGCUGCCACGCUCUGCGGCCUACUCGCCAAACCUUGUGCUGACGACUCAUGUCAAGUAUGCGCCCUUUGCGGCCCGUCAGCGAAAGGGCCACAUCCGAGAUGCUAGUGAGCGCGAUCUCGGCGUGCACCUGGAGACGGCGCUGCGGGGUGCAAUCAUCGCCGAGCGGUGGCCGAAGAGCGCGCUGGAGAUCACGGUCACGAUACUUGAGGCGGAGGACGACCGGUGGUACGGAGAUGCACCGGACGCACACGAUGCCUCGUGGGGGAUGAUGAACGUGCUGGCCGGGUGCAUCACCGCUGCGUCUGCGGCGAUUGCGGACGCGCGCAUCGACUGUCUGGAUCUUGUUGCGGGGGGUGUCGCGGCGAUGGUUUACGCCGAGGAAGAGGAAGAGAAAGGAGGGGAGGAGCCGCGAGGUCGCAAGCUGAUGCUCGAUACUGAUCCUGCAGAGCAUCGGUCGAUUGGUUCGGCGUGUGUCGUGGCGUAUAUGCCUGCUCGGGACGAGAUCACAGAGCUCUGGCUCAAGGGAGACAGCGGCGGCAGCCAUGAGGGACUCAUCGACGGGGCCGUUGACGCUGCGCGGGGGGCACAUGGUGUGCUUGCAGAGGCAGUGAGAGAGGGAUUAUCAGUAACGAACUAAGUCGUAUUCACAGAGUGACUCUAGAAUUUACUUUAGUUUAUUCUCCUCCCUCUCCUUCCU